GUGGAGCACGUCCUGAACGUGUUCAGAGGAAGAACGCUUGCGCAUUAGAAUUUUGGCUGUUCGCGGUGUUGAAAAAUCCUCCUCUGAAUAAAAAGUUCUCUGUUCGCGGAGCGCAACAACUUGUCCUGAACGUAUUCGGAAUGCGUUCAACAAGUUCUGGGAUUAAAGAGAGGAUUUAUUGUCCGCACAUGUGCAGAAGUUGAUUUGACGAAUUUAUUUAUUUUGUUAGAGAUUCGAGAUUGUAUUUCUAACCUAACAAAUUUAAAAUUUUGAAUUGUUGUGUUAUCAUACAAAUUUUGUAAAAGAUGAUGAACCUCAGUUCGAGUGAUGAAGAUUUGGAAGAGAUUGUAGGACUUUUAAAUGUUCCAAAAAAUGCAAAUUUUUUUGAGGAAACUGUGCAACAAUUUAAUGACCAACAAUUUAUACAGCAUUUUAGAUUAAGUAGAGACUUAGCUGUAGAUUUGGCAAAUAAGUAUGAAAGAUCUCAUUUCCACUACCAAAAGGGAGAUUCUGAGAAAAUAAGCCCAUUGAAAGUAAUUGUAACAUUUUUAUGGUUUUCAAGCAAUGAAGCUGCUGGGUAUAGAGAUGUGUCAGAUCGGUUUGGUAUCAGCAUUAGCUCUCUCCACAAAAUUGUGACAAAUGUGACAUAUUUUUUGUCAAACAUGUCUAGAGAUGUAAUAAAAUGGCCUACUAAUGAGGAAAAAGUGGAAAUUGAAAGACAUUUUAGACAGAAGGAAUUUCCAGGAGUCAUUGGUAUAAUAGAUGGAACACAUAUCAAAAUAAACAAACCGCAGGAGGAUCCUGAUUCCUAUCUAAAUAGAAAGCAUUUUUAUUCCAUUCAAGCACAAGUAGUCUGUGAUAAUAAGAAAAAAAUAAGGGACAUUUUUGUUGGUUACCCUGGAUCUGUCCACGAUAGUAGAGUAUUCAGAACAUCUACUUUGUUUGAUAGCCUAGAGGAAAAAUGUGGUGAAUAUUUUAUUAUUGGGGAUAGUGGUUACCCUUGUCUAAGACAUUGUUUAACACCUUUUCAAGAUAGAGGUAAUUUAACCAGGCGCCAAAGGAAUUACAAUUACCUAUUAUCGAAAAAUAGAUAUUUGAUUGAGCAUUGUUUUGGAUUGUUAAAACAGAAAUUUAGGCAAUUGUAUCAUCUACAGAUGAGAAAUAUUGAUAUUGCUACACAUUUUAUUCGGGCAAUGUGUGUGUUACAUAAUAUUUCAGUAGAUGACAAUUUGGAACUGCUUGAACAGGUAGAACAAGAGGAAGCACCUGUAAUACAAGAGGUAAAUAAUGAACCUCAAGAUGAAAGAGAUGGAGUGAUGAGAAGAAAUGAAAUUAUGAAUUCUUUGCGUUUCCAAAUUUAGAAAAAUAAUUAUUGAAUGUUUGUUACAAAAUAAAAAUUAGUGAUUA